UCUAAUUUGUCUUUCUGCAUCACUUUGGUUUCUUUUUUUUUUUUUGUUUCUUCUUCUUCCUCUUCAAGUUGCUUCUCUUCAAAGAAUGAAGGUGAAGUUCGUGGAGGAAGAAAAUAUGUUUUUCUCAAUUUUAAAAUAUAAAUUUGAAAAAUUUGUGUUACAUUGUUUUUUUAAAUGGAAAUUUCUAUGCGUUUUUCAAUUAACAUUUUCCGGGUUUCUCAAAUUGUCUUAUUUAAUCGAAACUAUCCAAACUCUCACAAAAAUAUCAAUAGAAACAUAAUUUUUUGGUUUGAAUUUUGAUGAUUUUGAUUUGAGUUUGACUAUGAAGAAAAUCAAAACGCGUGUUUACUCCACAGCUGGACGAACUGGGCCUAAAUGUUGGCCCGGCCCAUUGAUAUAUUGUUUGUCACUGCUCCGGAGACCAUUUGUUUCUUAAUUUCAAAAAGUUUUCAUUUUCUCUAAUUUCAAAACAAAAAUAAAUUUCCCUCAUUCUUCAAGCUCCUGCUUUUUCUCCAAACAACAAAAAUGGCGGUAGAGGCUCUCUUUAAAAAGAUUUUCAGCUGCUGCUUUGGCCAAGAUGAUGAUGAUGAUGAUGAUUCAUUUCUCUAUGGAGUUGCUCUUCUCUUCCAUGAAGAAGAAGUCGUGGCUCAGCACCUUAUUCAUCAUGAUGAUGAUGCUCUUCAAUCUGCAGAAGCUCAUGAUGAUGCAUUUCUCUAUGGAGUUGCUCAACUCUUCCAAGAAGAAGAAGUCGUGGCUCAGCACCUUAUUCAUCAUGAUGAUGAUGCUCUUCAAUCUGCAGAAGCUCAUGAUGAUGCAUUUCUCUAUGGAGUUGCUCAACUCUUCCAAGAAGAAGAAGUCGUGGCUCAGCACCUUAUUCAUCAUGAUGAUGAUGCUCUUCAAUCUGCAGAAGCUCAUGAUGAUGCAUUUCUCUAUGGAGUUGCUCAACUCUUCCAAGAAGAAGAAGUCGUGGCUCAGCACCUUGCACUUGUUGUUCCACAGCGUCUACAUCUUAAACCUCGUCUGAAUUUGCCUUCCUUUGCAAGGAAAUUCAAUCCAAAUCGUGUGGGGCUUGCCCAGAAGGUCAACCACACUCCUUCUCAGAAGAAAGAGAACAAUAGAAAACUCACUGCAAAGAAAAUUGCUAAAUUCAAGAAGGACAAAGAAGAAAGCAAGAAGAAAAAAGGAGGUCUUUACCAGGGGAUUGUGUCUCAACAAGCUGAUUGGUAGGAUUAGUAUAUUUCUAUAGGAUGAUAAAAAUAUAUAUAUAUAU